GAGCUGGUGAAGCAAAUCCUCCUCCAAAUGGAUAUGCAGACUUUACUCGUCACAACACGAGUAUGCUACCUCUGGCACGACCUGAUCAACAAAUCGCGAGCCAUCCAAACCGCAUUGUUCUUCCAGCCGGCCGAAAACACCCCCAGAGGCGAGCCACGCACCGCCAACCCGCUUAUCAUCGAGAAAAUCUGGCCCGAAUACUUCAGUCGAUGCUCGGGUCCCUUUCAUAAGGAAUAUUACGAACGCCCCGAGGCCAGUUGGAGAAGGAUGCUCCUCCAUCAGCCUCCAACGACGAAACUGUGCUUUCUGGACUACGCGAGAGACCUGGCCUGCCCCAUC